UUCCAGUGCUUUGGUGAACGCAUCUGCAAGUUGGUUUGCUGUUCCUAUUGGUACGAUCUGCAGCCUUCCAUGUGCCACAUGAUCUCGCAGGAAAUGGUGUUUCACAUCAAUAUGCUUCACACGCUUGUUCUCGGUGUUUGUGGCCAUCGCAAUGCAGCCACGAUUGUCUUCAAAAAUCUUGAACGGUUUUCCAGGGGGAACUUGCUGCAGAUCUUCUAAGAUUCCUUGUAGCCACAGUCCUUCGGAAGCAGCUACGCUUAAGGCUGCAUACUCUGCCUCACAGGAUGACAAUGCAACGGUUUGUUGCUUCCUACUGGCCCAGGACACCGUAUUGCCGAAUACCUUGAAGAUAUAACCGCUCACGGAUUUCCUAUCUUCAGUAUCCGACGCCCAAUCCGCAUCAGCGUACCCGAUCAGUGCUUCAGCCUUUUCGUCUCGCUUAAACUGGAGCUUGAGGUUCUUCGUGCCUUUCAUGUAUUCGCCAGGUUGACUUUGGAAACGUCCCAAGUAUGCAACAGCGAAUGCAAUAUCGGGACGGACACAUAGCAUUGUGUACAUGAGACUUCCAAGUAGCUCACGAUAAGGAUGACAGACCGGAUUUUCUUCAUUCGUUGGUAGAAAACAGGCCUUCUCCAUUGGUGUCUUUACGUUGUUGCAAUCUUUCAUGCCGAAUUUCGCCAACACACGAUCCACAGCGACUUCUUGACUCAGAGACAUCAAACCAGCAGAACGAUCAUAUCGGAUCUUGAUUCCGAGAAAGAGGUUCACUUCCCCAAGGUCCGUCAUCUGAAGGUUUUUGGAAAGUGAUAGCUUGAUCUGCUUCAUCAGCUCCAGACGAUCGCCAACGAUGAGCAGGUCGUCAACGUAGAUGACGAUAUACACCCGCCCUCGAUCGUCGUUUCGGGUAUAUAAGCAAUAGUCAUGGCAGGAACGCUUAAAACCGAAAACCAGAAGGAUGUCAUUCAGUUUAUUAUUCCAACAUCGUGGGCUUUGCUUGAGUCCAUACAGUGACCGUUCCAACUUGCACACCAGAUUCGGCUUUGCGGUGACUCCAUCGGGUAUGGAUAAAUAGACGUCUUCUUCUAGUUCACCGUACAGGAACGCCGUCUUGACAUCGAGUUGAUUGAUGAACAUCUUCCGGUGCACCGCUACAGCCAGAACGGUUCGUAUUGUCACCAACUUAGCAACAGGGGAAUAAGUUUCGCUAUAGUCGACGCCAGCCUUCUGCAGGAAACCUUUAGCGACUAAACGAGCCUUGUAUCGCACAGGUUUUCCAUUUUCGUCUUGCUUGACCCGGAACACCCAUUUGGAUUUGAGAGGAACUACGCCAGCUGGUCGUUCUACCAGCCGCCACACGUGGUUGUCAGCCAGGGACUUCAGUUCUUCAUCGACCGCUUGCCUCCAGAAAACCUCAUCGUCUCGCCCAGCAAUGUCCUUAUACGCCUCAGGAGCAUCGGAAAUGGAACGUUCGACCUCAUAUUGUCCCACAACAGCAUCAACGUUUGGAACGAUAUCUGUAGGACAGGAUUGCGCGGCAGUGAAAAGUUUUCCAACAACAAAGUCUUUAAACUUACCGGGGAGCUUGCGCUCCCGUUCGCCGCGCCUCGGGGUUACCAUAUCGAGGUUCGAACCACGGUCUGUUUGCGAAGGGAGCGCUCCGGUUUCGUCAACGUCAUCGUCUUCGUCGUCAGUCAUGAUGCUUCUGUUCUGAUCCGGCGGGGGCACCUCUUCGCUUUGAACGGGGUUUUCAUGUGGCCGCACUUCUUCAGCUUGGAAAUCGUAUUGAACAGGGACCACACUCGACGGACUUUCGCAAGGAACCUUAACAGCAAACGGAAAACUAUUUUCAUCAAACUUGACAUCUCUUGACAGGAACAAUUCCUUCUUCUCUGGAUUCCACAGACGGUAAGCAUUUGGAGCAUAGCCAACCAUCACAGCCAGUUUGCUUUUCGGGUCCAGUUUUCUUCUCUGUUGCGCCGCCACCCAAGCAUACGCUUUGCAGCCAAAAACUCGAAGUUUGCUCAGGUCAGGCUUGUGGCCUGUCCACAUUUCCGCAGGGGUCUUCUGGCAAGAUAGAGCACUCGUUGGACUUCUGUUGGUUAGGUACACCGCAGCCAGAACCGCUUCGUUCCACAGGUACUUCGGAGUUUGAGAUUCGGACAACAUCGCACGAACCUUCUCGAUGAUUGUUCGAUUGAAUCGUUCUGACACACCAUUUUGCUGUGGUGUAUACGCUGCAGUUGGCUCAACCUGGAUCCCUUUGGACACGUAAAACUCCCGCUGGUCUUUGGAGCAAUAUUCUCUGCCUUGAUCCACAGUCAGCUUCGAAAUCGAAUGUCCUAGAGCGACAGUUGCCAUCGCUUCGUACUCUCGGAACCGUUGGAAUACCUCGGACUUCUUUUUGAGGGGAUACACUACUGCGAAGUGCGUGAAAUCGUCAAUAAACGAGACAAAGUACCGAGAACCAUCCCAAGCUGCCGGUGUGAUAGGACCACACACGUCGGAGUGAACUCUCUCUAAAGGUCUUGAAGCACGGACUCUUGUACCCGAGAAUGGUUCUCGGCACUGCUUUCCAAGAACACAUACAUCACAAAAAUCCAAUUUACCUGGUUCCUCGGAAAUACCUGUUACCAUGUCGUGCUUUACAAGUGCUUGCAAAUUCUGGAUGCCCAAAUGGCCAAGUCGACGGUGCCAUAGAUUACCGCUCACAGCUCCACACAAGUUGGCCGCCACAGUAUCGAGGACCAAAUCAAGCUCGUAAAGGUCGCCACGCAUGGGACAUUUUCCGAUCAGCUUGCCGUCGUACCACACAGUUGCUUCCGUUUUCUUAAGAGUAACGUCCAAAUUUGCUUUCGCCAUCUUCUUCACAGAGAGAAGAUUUUCUCGAAGAUCAGGAACAAACAGCACAUCUUUCAGGACCAGCUUGACGCCUUCCUUAUUGACGCCCGUUAUUGUUCCUCGAUGCCAGGAUAUCAGCGACUGAUCAUCUUUCGCCACAUUGAUGAUCACCGGUGCCUUCAGCUUCGUAAGGUCAGCGAAACAGUGUUUCACGUUCACGAGGUGGUCCGUGGCCCCAGAAUCCAAUUUGAAGGUCACGACACCCGUCGCUCGUUCGGAAAAACUCCUUCCAGUCAUGAAGGCUAUCGCUUUACCUCCACUUGCAGCAUUAGCUUCAGCUCGUCCGUCCGAAGCAAGCUUGACACGACAAUCUUUGGCCUUAUGUCCCUUCUUUUGGCAACGUCUGCACUUUCCCGUGAACUUAACGAACGUCGUCCUCUGUUUCGAUCCUUGAAAAGCAGCAGGUUUUUCUUGGUUGGAAUCUGCAACUCGGUUCGUUUUCUUCAAUUCCUCUGCAAGAAGGCGCUCUCGAACCACGUCCAGUUUCAGAUUUUCCUCUCCCAGAUUCUCCAAGGCGGUAACUAAGGGAUCAAACGAUUCGGGAAGGGUAGCAAAGAGCUGAGCAACAACGUCGUUUUCUUCAAGUUUUGCUCCGGCCAACUUCAGCUGACGAAUAAGGUCUUCGAAGAUCUUCAAAUGGUCCUUCACUGACGAUCCUUCAACCAUUUUCAGCUUCGCAAGUUGCUUUCGGAUGAAGGUCUGCGACGAAACGGAUUUCUUGGCAUAAACGUUCUCCAGGCUUGUCCAAAUUUCCUUUGACGUCUCCUUGUCCCGUACAAGGUCCAGCAGGUCAUCGUGAAUGAACGAAAUCAGCAAAUACGUCGCCUUUCCGUCCUUCUCCAGGAACUUAGCACGUUCAGCCGGAACCGCCGGGAGAUCGUUCUUGACCACGUCCAAAAGAUUCACCGAUUUCAAGUAAGCUUCCACCCUGAAGCGCCAAUUGUCAAAGCCGGUACCCGAGAACUGCGGGAUCCCGUGGACCGGAUCUUUGCGUGAGUCGCCCAUAACCUCUUGAUUCUUGGUUAAUUGGUUAAAAAUAACUUCAACAAGAUUUACAGUGGAAAAGAUUUAUUAGCAGCUUGGUGGAGAGCUUAAUGUAGACUGAGAAAAUUUUCACGGUUGUUUAUUAAAGAAAACUUCCGUUUCCAUAGAGGUGACCGGUAACCAGCAUUCUUUGAUUGCCGAUUAUUCCAACAAAUUUUCUGUGUUGUUGUUGUUUAUGCUCUUGAGCUCGGGGCUCGUCCGAAGUAACUUUUUUUUUGCUGAGGCGCCUCCCAGGAUCAAAUGACCAUCAUUAUUUAACUAUCCAGGAUUCCAUUGGAUUUUGCUAGAUAAAAAAAACAAUUUUUAUUAAUUUUAUUUUUAACCAUUUCACGGAAUUAGCAUUCUUGAAACAAGUCAAGAGUCUUUUUGUUCACGGUGCGCUGGAAGAAGUCCAUUCUGCUGUCAAUUUUUCUGCUGCUUCACGGGAGCCACCAAUUUUAUCGGCUCUUCGGUCUUAUUGGGAGUGAUUUUAGCUGCUGUUGUUUUCGCGGUUUUAUAAAAUAAAGGAAAAAAACUGCUAAGGAAUAAUCCAUUUUUUCUGAAUUACGGACUUACCGACCGAGUUGUGCUGGCAGGCCUAUUUUUGCCGUUGUUGCAUAAAUAGAUUGCUUCGGGGACGGUUUUUCUCAAUCCGAUGUUGAAACCUGCUGCUCCUUCGCUGCUGAUCACCGGGAAGUUAACUUUCCAAAAAUGGCGACGAUUGCUUGGAUAUAAAUUAGCAUCCCGCUCGCGCACACAGCAAACUCGAGACCAUUCAAUACGAUUGCAAGAGUGAGAGGGAAUUGAAAAAGAAAUUUGAAGUUUGACUUGACAGCGAAGCUGUUUUCAGUAUUACUUUACAGUUUUCGGCAAUUUUUUACCGAAAAUAACUUGCAAAUAGAUUUGUUUACAUUUAAAUAAACGAGUUUCGGUGAAUCGUAAAUCGAUUAACGAGGUUCGAUAAAAACAAGACGUCAAAUUAAUCAAUUACCGAAAAAUUUCGAUUUACAGAACUGGUUCUGUAAACUAAAUUACCGAACUCGGUGAUUUUGAUUUACUGUGUAUAGAUGAGCUAAACAUGGAAAUGGUCUUUGAAAAUGAUAGUCCGGAUAUCGUUGACUCGCCACUAGAAGAAUAUACAGUUCGAAGUUCUCAUGAAGAUCGCAAACAUUUAAUGGAAGCACUCCAAACGUGGACUUCGGAGCAUGAAAUUACGCAGACAGCUUUGAAAGGAUUGAUGGAAAUACUCAACGUAAAUCUAGGCCCCAAUUUACCUAAGGAUCCGCGUACUUUAAUGAAAAUGCCGAAUUCACUGGAUAUCAUAAGCAUGAGUGAAACCGAAUUCUAUUGGCACCAAGGUCUUGAAAAUUGUCUGAGAAGAAAUUUUCGAAACCUUCAAGGAGCUUGCACAAUUUCUCUAAAUGUUAACAUUGAUGGUUUACCACUGUUCAACAGUUCUGAAAAGAAUUUCUGGCCAAUACAAUGUAAUGUUUUCGAACACUCUCAUAUUGCUCCCAUGGUGGUUGGCAUAUACUUUGGCCACUCACUGGAUUUCAUUUCGUUAUGGAAGGGGUUAGAAUAUCGGAUAUUCCUCAACUACGCUCCAAUUGCAAUCCUUAAGCAAUAUUUACCCGAAAAAUAUUUCGAGCACUUCCUAAAGCUAUUUUGUGCAGUACGGAUAUGCUCUACGAAUAGGUAUAAAUAUGUUUUACACAUCGCGCGAUCUUUAUUCCAGGAAUUUAUUGCUGAGUUCAAGGUGCUGUAUGGAGAGCAAUUUGUUACAAGCAACGUUCAUAACUUGUGCCACAUUGCGGACGAAGUGGAAAGGUUUGGGGUUUUAUCAACGCUAUCUGCCUACCCAUUUGAAAAUGUUUUAUAUGAGCUUAAAAAAAAACUGACCACUGGACCGAAUCCUUUGGCGCAAAUUGCUAAACGCUUAACUGAAUCUGCAUAUAAUGAAAACCGACCAACCAAUAAUCCGAACUCUUCAGGAAUAAGUUUUCAACAAGAUAAGCAUAGAACAAAAAUAUUGUUCCCAAACUUCCGAAUCACAACUGAUCACAAGGAUAGAUGGUUCUUGACAAAAGAUUCUAAGCUCAUUCAAAUGGUUGGUGCUUCUCAAGAGAAUUCUAGGAUAAAAAUAGAAGGAAAAGAGCUGACAGACAAGGAAGAUUUCUUCGGGAAACCAUUUCAUUCCUCAUUUAUUGAUAUUUAUAUGUCUAGAACCACUCAGGACUGUAGGAACCAGGUGCAAGUGUUUCAACCGGAGGAAGUCUUCUGCAAGCUUGUAGCACUUAAGUACAAAAAAAACAGUAUUCAUUCCAUUGCUACAUACGAUAAGCGAAUAAUGUUAAGGAGUUCCAAAAAUAUAUGUGACGUACGUCUCUCGAUUAAUUAAAGAUAAAGAUAAAGGAUCGUAAAAUCGUUUUUAUUCACUGUUUCUAGAUUCGUCUUCGAGAUAUUCACUCAUUUGUUCAUCAACUUCAUCAACUUGUUCAUCAACUUCUUCUGCUUCCUCCAUCUCCAUCUCUUCGUCAAUCUGAUCCGUCGUCAAGGCAUCUCUUUUGUUCGAAGUAGCUCGUUUUGGUCGUAUCGUCGAUUUUCGCAAAAAUUUAGAAUCGGCUCUAGUUUUUGAGUAACGAAAUAGCCGGUUUUGGAUAAAAUUUUGUAGUUUUUCUUUCGAAUAAGUUGGAUCUCCUACUACAGUAAUUUCAAAAAAUAACUGGAGGACAUUUCCAAAUUCCCGAAAACCUCUUCGAGAUUUUGGGGUUGCACCUUUGCUGACACCCGUCCACGUAAACUUGGUCCAAAACUUGCGCGAAAAAAAACAAUCCGCCAGGUAAUAUACCGCGUUAUCACCUCUUUGAUAAUACGAAUUCGGGAUAACUGUUUUGCAGUGAUAAUCGAUCUGAAAAUGAUAUACAAUAUAUUAGUUAAUAUAAAUAAUCAUCAUAUGGCUCAGUAAUAACUAUGUUAAUCUUUUAUUUAUUUAUUCUUUACUAUAUACAUUUGUGUUAGAAAUCUAACAAUAAAUGAGACUGUUUAAAAAUAUUAGCCAGCAAUAAUAUUUAGUAAUUAAAUCAACAAUCACAAAUUAUUUAUUAGAACGCUUUUAACAAUCUUACAUAUUCCUGGCGAAAGUCAUCUUCUGACAAUUUUGCAUUCCAUCCCGCAUAAGAAAAAACCAUAACUUUGAACGUCAAUACGUUAACUAAAGUGAUCCAGAAACAGUGACU